AUGGGCCCUUCAAGGAACGAUUUUUUAUUUGGACCAACAAUUGGCCAAGGAACCUUUUCAAAUGUGAUAUAUGCAAAGCACAAGAAGAGUGGCGUCGAAGUGGCUAUAAAAGUAAUUGAUCAGUUCACUUUGAAACGUCGUCCAGAAAUGGUGAAUAUGGUUUGGACAGAACAAGAUAGUCUCAGAAGAUGUCGAUCUCCUUGUGUGAUCAAUCUACUAGCAUUCUUUAGUGACUCUGACUUUGUCUAUAUGGUGCAGGAUUUGGCGUUUGGGGGUGAUCUACAUAUGCUGUUGCGUUUUGGUCUGUCAUCAAACAGAAUAUUGUGGUAUCAAUCCAUUUCAUACUAUUGCCGCCAAAUCGUGGACGCCAUAAGUUACGUUCAUACCGAAAAUAUCGUUCACGGAGACGUGAAGCCGCAGAAUAUACUUCACGAUGGACGCGGUAAACUAAGGCUGGCUGACUUUGGGAGUUCUUUCACCUGCGACGCGCAGAGGGCGACGCAAAUUGCGGUUGGAACUUCGGAAUAUUCGAGCCCUGAAGUUUUGACAUCAUGCAGGUUGUCCAUUGCAAUUGAUUUUUGGUCUGUUGGAUGUGUUUUCUUCGCAAUGUUUGUUGGUGAGUCUCCAUUCCGAGCUGCAUCGGAAGCCCUGGUGGUGGAAUCGGUGAUAGAUUACACGAAUGGGAAAUCGAAAGUUGCCAAAGAUGUUACGACAAAGCUGCCGACAUCAUGGAAGUUGAUUGUCGAUGGGCUGCUUAACACUAACCCUGUAGAUAGGGGCAAAGAAUGGGAUGGAGUAAUCAAGGUUUCCAGAAAUUGGAAUGAACCAGAGGAACUGCUAGCGCUUGAAGCACCGUGGAGGCGAAAUCUAGAGGGUGCUUCCCUCAAAGAUGGAUCACUCUUUUAUCAGCCUGGCAUACCGCUUCCAGAGUACGUUGGUCGAUUCAUUCUUUUCGACGAACACUGUAGACAAGACCACACUCUCUGA